AUGUACGGUUUACUCCGCCGCUUGGCCGGAGUCUCUAUUGGUUCCAGCUCCAAGGGUUAUGCUUCCUUUACACUUCGAGAUGUGGUGCGGGAGACCUCGGAUGAAGCCGGCACUUUGCUCGCCCGUUUCGCAAAGCACAUUGCCGUUGAAAGGUACAAGGACGAGAAUCAUGUCCUGUCGCCGACCACCAUUCGCUAUGCUGACUAUUUUCCCAUAACAGAUGAUCGUUAUUUCCAGCGAUCGGUGGAGAAGACAGCCGCCUCCCAGUUACCAGCUCUGAUUAUUCACGCUUCAAGUUAUAGAGCUAAUGCAGCGACUCCCAAAUAUGCCAUGGCAUUGAAUGCCCUAGAUGCUCAGUGUGUGAGUCAGCUGGACAAGAUGGAUACAACCACUGUCCUGGAAACAUUGUACGCGUUUCUCUUCUUGAUUCCCAACUGGCUGAAAAGAACAGAUUUCUAUUACAAGGCCGUAAACCGGUUGGCCAGAGAAUUUCAUCAUGACGAUAGCAAAGAGCGAUUCGUUCAGGUUUGCUUCUAUUUGGGUCUUCAGAAGAAGACGCAGAACACCAGCGAAUUGAGAUCUUUGCUAGAAUCUCAUUUGGAGAAGCACUUACCUAACUUGAGCGAAAUGGAUUUGGCUGUCAUUUGCAAUGCCGCGUAUAAGACAUCAACUUUGGUCACUGGAGAGCUUAGAGAAGCUUUUGAAUCAGCUCUAAUAAGAGGAAUUUUGAGUAUACAACUCGGCAAUGGCCAGGAUGCUCUACUUGUGUCAUAUGUAAAGUCUUUGCGCCUACAACGUGCUGGGACUGAAGAAGUGUGCCGCCAUUUGGCCAAUAUCUGCAUGAAUCCUGCAGAAAUCUCACAGCUCGAACCUCGUGGACUAACCCAUAUCUUGGCAUUUUUUGCCGAGCAGCUAUGGGAUCAAUCCGAUUGCCUCAAAGUUUUAGUCGAUCGACUGAGUCCCCUGAAUAUGCGUGCCAAGGACUUUGCCACUUUUCUUUGGGCCAGUGCACAACUAAAUAUCCAGUUUAGUGCUUCGCGACUUAAGCAAUUGGAAUUGGUAGCUCUUAGGAAAUUGGAAAAUCGAGAGUAUGACUAUUUCCCAGAUAAUCUGGUGGACACUUGCCUCUCCUUGAGUUGUUUUGGCCACUAUUCCAAACAGCUGAUCGAUGCUGCCGAAGAUUUAAAGGCCUCACAACGACGUCAACGUGCACAACCAAAAGUAGAUAGCCGUCUAACAACCCUGCGAUCUGCCAUAGCCAUAGAACAACCAUCUUGGUCCGAGCUGCAGAGCCAAGAAAUCUUCAAGGAGUUUGCCCGCACCCCAAGCUAUUUACUUAAGGAUCGUUCAGACUUAACCACAUAUGCAAGAGAUUUAACAUCAGAUGCGGAAAUUGAAGGUGUCGAUUUGGUUUGUCCGAUCAGUGGCAUUAACUUACCCAGUUUACGUGUUCAAACGGUCUCCAAUCCGUCGAAGAUAUAUUUUGUUGAGCUUCUCACUCCACAGCAGACUUUAAGGUUCAGCCAACAACCCACAUCGCUGAUGCGUCUUAAGCGUCGUCUUCUGGAGUCAUUGGGUCAAAAAGUUGUUGUGCUUCACUCGGAUAAAAUGGCAUCCAAUGCCAAAGAACUUCAGGAACUUUUGGAGGCGUCAAGCGAGACAAAAAAAGAUGAAAGCGAUGUGGCUUUAGGGCUCAGUAUAUAGAGAUCAUGUGAUAUGAAUAGAUGCUAUACCCCCAAUAACUUUAGCUUUAAUUAACAAAAAUUUAUGUACAUGUACAUAUUUAUUUAAAUAUAAAUCGUUAGAACUAAAUGUAAAAUUCAACAAUUA